UCUGUGACCUGCACAUCAGUGCUAAGCACCAGCAGAGAAUCAUAUUUUGUUCAUUCUGUGUAGAUGGAACAGGCAUCGGUCUUGAGAGUCCAUCCUGCUUUAAAGCUGCUUACUUGGUUUUCUGGGAUUAAAGGUGCUCAAUGAAUCAGGGCCCCCCAAAUGAGUCAAACAGCCAAUUCUUGCCAACAGUUGGUUGAAAACUGUGCCGCGCAUGUAGCAGGGAUGGCGCAAGAGGACAGUCGCCGUGGUCAAGUGCCACCCACCUUUUAUCAUGGUGCCAGCCAGGAACUUGAUCUGUCCACCAAAGUAUACAAGAGAGAGUCAGGAAGUCCUUACUCUGUGUUGGUGGACAGCAAAAUGAGUAAACCACAUCUCCAUGAAAGAGAGGAGCAGCCAUAUUUCAGGGAGAACAGAUCGGUAGGAGAGGUCCGGGCUGUGAAAGAAGAUAGAGAAAACACUGACGACUCUGAGGAGGAAGAAGAGGAGGAAGAUGAAGUGACUUACAAAAGGGAGCAGAUUAUAGUAGAGGUAAACCUUAACAACCAAACAUUAAAUGUAUCAAAAGGGGAGAAGGGUGUCCCCUCCCAGUCCAAAGAGACUGCUGUUCUUAAGACCAGCAGUGAGGAAGAGGAGGGUGACAGUGGGGAAGAGGCCACUGAAGACAGUAAUGAUUAUGAGGAAAAUGAGAGGCAGAAGAAAAAAGAGAAAAGAGUGGAAAAAGUUAUUAGUGUUGCACAAAGGAGAACAAGGAGAGCUGCAUCUGCUGCAGCAGCCACAACUUCUCCAUCACCCAGAACUACAAGGGGUCGUAGAAUGAGUGUGUAGCCCCCCAAGCGUAAGAAGAAAGCUGCAAAGGAGCCCAAGGCACCUGUGCAGAAAUCAAAGUGUGAAGAGAAGGAGACUUUAACCUGUGAGAAGUGCCCCAGGGUGUUUAACACACGCUGGUACCUGGAGAAGCACAUGAACGUCACUCACAGGCGCAUGCAGAUCUGCGACAAAUGUGGGAAGAAAUUUGUUCUAGAAAGUGAGCUGUCCCUUCACCAGCAAACAGACUGUGAAAAAAAUAUCCAGUGCGUUUCCUGUAAUAAAUCAUUCAAGAAGCUCUGGUCCCUUCAUGAACAUAUCAAGAUUGUCCAUGGAUAUGCAGAAAAGAAAUUCUCUUGUGAGAUUUGCGAAAAAAAGUUUUACACCAUGGCCCACGUGCGGAAGCAUAUGGUUGCACAUACAAAGGACAUGCCAUUUACAUGUGAAACCUGUGGAAAAUCAUUCAAACGCAGUAUGUCUCUCAAAGUACAUUCCCUACAGCAUUCUGGAGAGAAGCCUUUCAGAUGUGAGAACUGUGAUGAGAGGUUUCAGUACAAGUACCAGCUGCGUUCCCACAUGAGCAUCCACAUUGGGCACAAACAGUUCAUGUGCCAGUGGUGUGGCAAAGACUUCAACAUGAAACAGUACUUUGAUGAGCACAUGAAAACACACACUGGAGAGAAGCCCUUUAUCUGUGAAAUCUGUGGGAAGAGCUUCACCAGCCGCCCAAACAUGAAGAGACAUCGCAGAACUCACACAGGGGAGAAGCCCUACCCAUGUGAUGUGUGUGGCCAGCGAUUUCGCUUCUCCAACAUGCUCAAGGCACACAAGGAGAAGUGCUUCCGUGUUACCAGCCCCGUCAAUGUGUCAACUGCUGUCCAGAUCCCGCUGUCCACGACUUCUCCUGCCACCACAGUCCCUGCUGUAGUGAACGCACCCACUGCCCCAACUCCACCGAUCAACCUGAACCCAAUGAACACACUUCCUCCACGCCCCUUUCCCCACCCAUAUUCACACCUUCACCUACAUCCUCAUCCUCACCAUCCACAUCAUCUCCCGGUCCCCCCGGUUCCUCAUUUACCCCCUCCUCCAGCUCUUUUUAAGAGUGAGCCUUUAAAUCACAGAGGCCAGAGUGAGGACAACUUUAUGCGACACCUGGCAGAAAAAAACAGUUCAGCACAGCACCACUAACAUCUUUGCUUCCUACCAGCUGUUUUCCUAUUUUAUGCACAUGGAAACAUGCCCUCAUGGAAGUACAGAGGGUUAGUUGGUGAAGAUCUUUGUCUUUCUCUUAGCCCCAGCAGGUGGUCCUAAUUUUGCCCUUGAAUCAGUUAACAAACAAGGAAAUCCUGUUUCGGAUCAGCAGUGCUCAUUUGAAGCUGGGAACCAACAGGACUUAAACCCAAUUUGCUUGCGUUUUACUGAUGACUUUUAUAAAUUUCAGAUACUGAGACUUGUGGAAUUUUAUAAUUUCGUAUCAGCUGAUGAGGUAUGCUUGCUUUUAUAUCCUGGACUUCUCCUCAAAGAGGAGAUAGGCCUGGUUUUCUUUGUACUAAUCGGAAAGGCUGUGAGAUUAAUACAGAGCAUUAAUUGUAUCACUGUGUAUUGUAAUGGAUUCUUUGCAGCUUUUGGAGCCGGCUAUGGAGUGAGCCAGCCACGUAUCACAGUAUAUUUGAGCAUUAUAAAGAAAGACAAAAAAAUUUCUUGUUUGUGUAGCUCUCCUAACACACUCUUUAUUUUACUACAGAAAUUAUUUUAGAGUUUUUUUGUAUAGACCUAUUUAGUAGUCUGUUUCUAAAAUGAAAUGUAUUUCAAUAAGCGGUGUAAUUUUUUCAGUGUAGCUGGACCUAUGUUGUAUAAUAGAUAAAUUUUUAUAAUCAUCAAAAUGUGAUUCUUAAAAGAUGCAUAUAGCUUCUAUAGUUAAAGUUAUUCUUACAACCAUACAACUUAAAAGGUGCUUCAGAGAAGAAAGGAACCCAAGAGGUCUCUGGAAAGGUUGCCUCAAAAGCAAUGUUGAUUUCAGAACUUUACGUAAUUUAUUUU